AUGUCAAACAAGGAAAUCAAGGGCUACUCAGUGUCAUACGACGAGGAGCUGGUGCUCUCGGUCAACAGAAACUACAUCUCUCUGGGAGCCGAUGAUUUCCACGAUAAGCUAGAUGUUGAAAAGUACGGCCAGACGAAACGUAAGUUGAAUUCUCGGCAUGUAUCGCUCAUGAUCAUUGGCCAGUCAAUUGGCACAGGUCUCUAUGUGGGUUUAAAAGGGCCACUUAUGACUUCAGGUUCCUUAUCUCUCUUUCUCGGGUUCUUGAUCUGGGCCGUCACCAUGAUCUGGCCCUUGAUGCUUGCGACGGGUGAAAUGUGCUCCUAUCUUCCAAUCAAAGGUACUUUCUUGCACUUUGCAUCGAGAUGGCUAGACCCUGCUUUGGGAUUUGCCACCACCUUGAUAUACUUAUACACCACCUUGAUGUUCAUUUGCGUGGAAUCCGUGGCGUUUGCAUCGGUGGCUGGCUACUGGACAGACAUCUCUCCCGCUGUGUUCAUUACCAUUUGCUUGGCCACGAUUCUAUUCUUUAACGUGUUUGGUGUUAAUUGGUAUGGAGAAGUGGAGUUCUUUUCCUCCAUGCUAAAAGUGAUUCUUAUUGUUGGCCUCAUGCUAUUUGGACUCAUCACCAUGUGCGGUGGAAACCCUCGGGGUGAUGCUUAUGGUUUCCGUAACUGGCCUGAAGGUUGUCUUUUUAAAGAGUACCUUGUAAAGGGCAACACUGGCAAAUUCUUGGGACUCUGGAACGUGUUAAUUUAUGCUGCCUUUGCUUGUGCCGGGCCAGACAUGUUGGGAAUGGUAUCUGGAGAAAUAUCCCAGCCAAGAAAGAAUAUUGCAAUGGCUGCUAAAAGAACAUAUGUUCGUAUUUUCCUUUUCUAUGUUGGAGGCAUUUUUUUCAUGAACUCAAUGUGUUCCUCUGUCAACCCAGAUCUCAUAGCAGCAGAUGCUGCCGGCAAAGAUGGUGCUGCUGCUUCUCCUUGGGUUAUUGGCAUCAAAUCGGUUGGCGUCAGCGGUCUUGAUUCCGUUGUCAACGCAGUGGUGAUGACUUCUGCUUGGUCUUGUGGAAAUGGCUUCACAUACGGUGCAGCCAGAAGUGCCUGUUCUGCAGCUUUGGCUGGCUAUCUCCCUAGAAUCUUCUCAUAUUGUUUGAAAAAUGGGUGUCCAAUUGUGGCUGUUUGCUCUGCCUUGUCAAUUGGUUGUUUGUCAUACAUGAGUGUAUCCAAGUCUUCAGCGGUUGUCUUGAACUGGUUCAUCAACCUAGCCACCACCGGUCUUCUUUGCACCUACUGUGUCAUGUGGAUGUGCUACUUCAAGUUCAAAAAGGCUGUUAAGGCCCAACCUUGUGAUCAUCCCGACCCCAAGUACUUUAAGGUGACCAAAUGGAUGUACCCUUGGUUGACCUACUGGGCUGCAUUUUUCAACGCUGCUGUUCUUUUCUUCAAUGGAUUCUGGAUUUUCUUCCCUGGCAAGUUCUCAGUUGCCAACUUGUUCACAUCAUAUUUUGCACCUGCCUUUUUCCUUGUUCUCUUUGUCGUUUACAAAUUCUGGAAAAAGACAAAAUGGAGGACAGCAAAGACCGCCGAUAUUACAACGGGCAAAGCCGAAAUCGACGACGAAGAAGAACUCGAAAAUGAAGAAUUGGCCCGCCAUCAAAGAAAGCAAGGCAUCCUAUGGAGGAUAUGGUACAAAGUGGCGGACUUCUGCUUUAACUAA